AAAAUAUACACACAGGCCCCCAGAAACAAAAGUGAUCAAAAAAUUGCUGUUUGGCUGUAUUAAUUUAUUGCGCUAUUUAUGCUGAUUUAUUUGUUGAUUUUAUUUGUUUAUCACGUGUUCCAAUGUACAUUUUCCUGAGGAACAUGUUUCAACCGUGAUUUUAAGUGAUUUUCCGUGCUUUCCCCGCUAAGAUUGUCGUGGAAAAGUGCCCUAGAAAGUUGAUGGAAAAAUAAAUGAUGCCAAAUCCGCCAUCACAAAAACAAAAUUUAUAUGGGAAAAUUAUUGAUAGUUUUUUGACCUUUUGAGGCAUUGGACGGGGUCAUUGACUGCUGUGGAAACUUACCUGGGUCAUUGGCUACAAUCUCCGCAGGGUUUUGGGGAAGCCGGAUGGAGAGAAAGUGGUAAAAAGUGCUGAAGAAAUUUUGCUCUGUGGGAAAGUUGUCUUGCAAGAAGUGCGUCAAGAAUUUUUCUCAGUCGCCAUGUUGUGCAAAAGUAAAUUAAUUUCUUGCUAAAUCUUGUGAUUUCCCGGACUUGGGAAUAAGUGAAAAACAGUGGGGAAGAGUAGGGAAAAUGAAGACGGGGACAGAAAUCGCGAAAAAAGAUACUCCCGCGGUGGUGGAUGUGAAUGAGAAAGAGAAGAAGCAGGAAUCUACAAGUGAGGAUUCUGCCAAGAUCAAUGUGAAUGGAUUAAAGGUGAAGAUUGUGGACAAUGAGAGGAAACCAACACCAUCCAACUACAGCUAUCUCCUGCAGAUUGAGAAUCUACCUGGGACGGCGGGAGAGUUGCUGGGCAGUGUAACUUUCUCGCCAACUGGGGGUCCGGACAGUGGACAUGCUGUGCGCACAAGUGCCAGAGUCAUCCAAAAGAUGCGAAUGGACACAGCCAGACCCCCAACUCCGCCUCCACCAGAAAAGAAGGACAAGUCCAAGGAAGAGACUGUUGUUCCCAAACCAACUCCUCCUCCUCCUCGUAUCAAUCGACCUGUCUGGAGUAACAUGGAGAGGAAUAUAUUCUUCGAGGCUCUCAAUGAGUACGGUCGAGAUUUCGAUGCCAUCACACAUUUCAUGAAUCACAAGCUCAAGAGGAAGCAACCUCUGGAGCAGCCCAUGUACAAGAUGGUCCAGGUGCGUCAGCUGUACUACCAGACCUUCCACAAAAUCUCCAAGUACCUUAAAUUCUCAGACGAUGUUCGUAAAUAUGCCCAGGAGCUGUAUGCUCUGAUAAACUAUGGGGAGAUGCGUCGGAAGUUGAUAUUUGUGAAUGAGAAAGCUUGCAUGAAGCUGAGGGAGCUUGUUUAUCGUGGAUAUGUGACAAUUAGGGAAAAGGGCAAGAAUAUCCGGAUAAAGACACCAUCGUGUCGGGCUCUGAGGAAGCUCAAUCAGCUGGAAGAGUGGCAGGAGGAGAUUAAACUGCCACAGAGAGUGGAGGUGUCUCUGGUGCCGGCAAAUAUGGAAUCUUGGGGAAGGGUACAGAGUAUUGCCCAAAAUCCAAGGGUUAGAGCAUCAGUUCCGCUACAGAAGCGUGUUCUGAGUGUUCUGAAGUUGAUGCAGAACAAAUGGAGGAGUCAGGAGAUUAGAUUGUGCUCAAGAAAUGUCACCACUCAGUGCCAUAGCAGUGGCACAAAGUCCAAGACUUGCAAAUUGAUGCAGCAGCAUCAGCAGAAUGAACUGAAAGUCGAAUUGAUGAAUGCUGAAAAACUUCUGUGUUUUGCUCCACCGGCCAAAACUGUCAUUCACAGGCCAAUGGUCAAUCUCACAGAAUUCAGCAGUAGCUACAACAUCUGCCUGAAUUCCUAUGAAGAACGGAUUGGGGCAACAGUUCGGGGGGAAUCACUUUUUCCGGAAAAAUGGCAGACUCAUAGGGAAUUUGUGAGGGCACAGAAGCGUCAGAGGCAUGACAGUGGCAGUGACAAUAAAUCACCGGAUAUGAAGAAAUCCCGUGGUGGAACAGUUCAGACUACUUCAGAGUCAGAACCAUCUUCCUCGACAACAAUUAGCAUCCAGACUAUUGAUUUCUCAGUGAUUACCAAUAAUCAGGAUUCUAAUCUUCAGCCGUUGAUUGAACCUCAGGAUUUAGUGGAGGAGAAAAAAGUGCCCCAGGAGGAGUUGCCGGUGAAAGUUGAGUCUGCCCAACCUGCCUCCAAGACUGUCCAGGAAGUGACUGGUAACAAGAAGAAGAGGGAGCCAAAGUGGAAUCACAGGAAAGAUACUCCAACGACAAAUAGGAGCUUCACGAAGUCCUUUAAGCCACUGAUCAGCGAAGAGGUCGUGCGGAAGAUCAAGGAGGGCUGGACCGUUAAUAAUGUCUGUGACAUGACUUUUGGGGAUCUCUACGUGAUGUUCGGGAGUGACUUUAAGAUUACACUCGAAUACCGAUGGGUGGAUCCUCCGCCAAAGGUGGAAUCCACUGAUAAUCCAACGGGACAGGAGGGAACUGAUAUUACUGCAGCUUCUGUGGAAAGCCACUCAGGUGGUCCGGUGAAGAUGGAACCUCUGGAAAGUGAAGAUUUUAGUAAGUUGAUGACGGAGAAACCCUGUCUUCCGGGCGAUAGAGAGACAGAGACUCUACUUGGCAGGAAACUGAGUCAGUUGCUGUUGAUCUCAAGUAUGAUGGACAGAACGGGACGUCGGAGGACAACAUGUAGUUGUGGUCACAUUUGCGACAAGAGCUUCAAGGUGAGGGAGAGCGACAGCAAAUUGUUCAGCAAUGAUGGGGCUCUGUUCAAGCAUCCGGUGGUGCCUCCGAGGAAUUUCCCAGAUUCUUACAGGUACAUCAAUGUGAUGCGCAACAAUAGGGCUUUUCGGUGGCUCAAGCCAAGAUCCCAUCGAAGUGCUUUCCCUUCGCGCCAAGUUGUCGUUCAGAGGAUUCUGCCACUGCAGCCGGGAGUAAAGCCCAGCUAUGUUACUGCCAGUGUGGACUAUGAGGAGCCCCCAUCGCCUCCCUCAGUGUCAACUUCUGCUCAGACCACAAAGUCAAAGUUCACGAGUGUCACUGCAAAGACUUCUACUCCAACUGCCACAGUCACUUCCAAGACAGCUCAACAGAAGGCGGAGAUGCCCAGGAUUGCGGAGACAUCACAGACAAAGGCUGAGGAAGCGGAGAAGAAGGAAGAGAAGGAGGUAGAGACGAUUGCUGAAGAAGUGCUGAAGGAAGAGGCAACGGAAGAGGAUGAUUUCAAUAUUGAGGACAAUCCGGCCAUCAGGAGCAUCAUGGAACUCUCACUGCCUUCCCUGAGGUUCGGAGAUAAUGACGACAGCAGACUUAUGGGGGAUGGCUUUAUCCCUUCGGCCACUCCUCCCAUGAGCCCCAUGCGAAUGGUUCGAGAAUCGAGUGAUAGCAAGUGGCUGGAGGAGAAUAUGCACGACUACAGCUUUAGCAGCCUCCUGGGGCAUCUGGACUCACAUCUUGAGUCUGGCUGCCGUACAAAUCGUCCUCCUGCCACUCAAGAGGAGAAUCACAUGGACUCCAGCAUGGAUUACAUGUACAAAUUCGCAUGAGGACAUGGGAAUAUGUGUCUCUUUCUUUUGACGAAUUCAACAGUUUCUUAAUAAAUGAGAUAGUUUUGAGGAGAAAA